AUGUGGUGGCGCGCGCUCGCCGUCGCGGCGGUCGCGCGCGCGUCGACGGCGCCGCGGGCGCCGAAGCCCUCCGUGCUGCCGAGCUUCGACGUCGGGCCGCCCGUGGAGCUGCCCGAGGAGGCGCCGCACGUGGAGGAGGCGGCGCCCGCGGCCCCGCCGCCGGAGGCGACGCGCGCGUGGCAGCCCGGCGACGCGCUGUCGCACCUCGCGGAGCGCGCGCAGCUCGCGUCGGCGUUCCGCGCGCUCGCGAGCCGCGGCCUCUCCGCGGCGUCGGGCCUCGGGAACCACCUGACCAUGUCCGUGGGCCCGGACUACGAGUGCUUCCUGCUAAACCGCUACGGGCUGCACUGGAUGGAGGUGACGGCGGAGAAUCUACUAUUAGUCGACGGCAACGGCGAGAUCCUCGAGGGCGAGGGCCCGGCGCAGGGCGCGGCGAUCGCGCUCCACGCGCCGAUCCACCGCGAGCUCGGCGCCAAGGCCAAGGUCAUCUUCCACACGCACCAGCCCUGGUUCACGGCGCUGAGCUGCAUCAAGACGGGCGGCCUGCGCAUGUUCCACCCCGACGCGUGCAUCUACGAGGGCCGCGUGGGCUUCGAUCCCGUCUACACGGGCAACUGGCCCGAGGGCAGCCUCCAGGGGUCGAUGAUGGAGGGCGAGCGGCUGUUGCGCGUGCCCGAGCUCGUGGGCAAGGAUUUGUGCUUCCUGGGCAACCACGGCACGCUCCAGAUCGCGUCGUCGAUCGAGGAGGCGCUCUUCGACUGCUUCAACGUCGAGCGGCUCUGCAAGGCGCAGGUCUACGCGAUGCAGUCGACGCGGUUCCGCGAGCUCGGCCGCGACAAGGCGUUGAAUCUGAAGGCGCGCUACGAGAAGGUGCGGGACCGCAGCGUCAUGAACUACUACCAGCAGCACAUCGCCAAGGACGCGAGCAUCACGCCCGUGCCCGGCGCGUGGGACGGCGUCGGCCCCAUCCCGCGCGGCGCGGAGUUCCUGCCGACGCGGCGCCACGACGCGGCGCCGCUGCCCUUCGCGGCGCGGUCCCUGUCCACGGAGGAGUGGGAGCUGCGCUGCGACGUGGCCGCGGCGUGCCGGCUCAUCAGCCGCCUCAACGGCCACGUGACGCACGAGGGCUCCUUCGCGCACAUCUCCGUGCCCCUGCCGGGCACGGAAAACUCCGAGGAGCCCCUCUUCCUCGUGACGCCCUCGGACGUGCCCUUCGCGGCCAUGCGCGCGUCGCUGCUCGUGGUCUGCGACGCGCGCGGCGCCGUCGUCCGGGGCACGGGCUACGUCGACGGCGAGACGUUCCGCGCGUUCCACCGCAUCCGCGACGCGGGCACGCCGGGGCGCUACGGCGCCGUGCUCUUCAGCCACACGGAGUUCACGGACCGCCUCGCGGCGCACGGCCGCCGCAUCCGCAUGGUCUCGCAGUCCGCGUUCAACUUCGCCUUCGACUACUUCGGCUACUUCGACGCCUGGGGCCACAGCCUCAUCGAGGCCUGCGAGGACGCGGACGGGGACAAGUUCCGGGAGAAUCUCGUGGACUACGUCGCGGAGGACGACAAGGUCUUCGUGAUGCUCUCGCACGGCGGCUGCCUCGCGCGCGGCGACGACGUCGCGCACGUCUUCUCGCUGCUCCACGGCAUCGACGCGGCGGCGGAGAUCCAGGUCUACGCGGAGAUGACGGGCUUCCCCGUCAUGGAGCUCGACAAGGACGAGGUCAAGACGUUCCCGACGCACGGCUACGGCGACUUCCGGUCCAAGUCGAAGCGCAUGGGCCUCAACUUCGACGCCAACAAGCGGCUGCUGCUGUGCGACUUCAACCACGGCUUCCGCGACACGGGCGACUCCGCCUUCCUCAAGAGCGAGAACGAGCGGCUCAAGAAGGAGAACGAGACCAUGGCCAAGCUCCUCGCCAAGGAGAGGUAUCGCAUCACGCACCUCAUCAGGACCGUGGAGUCGCUGACGCCGGCCUGA